GGUUGGUGUGGGUGCUUGUUUUGGGCUGUUUUUAUACUCAGAAUGGAAUUCAUGAUCGCUGAUACCGACUGUCAUACCUCAGAAUUAUGGACAAUGCUUGUAAACCAUGUCAUGGAAACUUUGACUAUCGGUGAUAUCGACAGCUGCUACAGGACCUGUGCUGCAAAGCCAGGGUGCCAAAGCAUCAACUACUACAGAGACAAGUCUCUCUGUGAGUUAAACAGCUGGACGAUCGAGAACACGCCCCAUAUGAGAGUCGCCAACAAAGACUCGGUGUACUUCACGAUUCCAGUGGAUGGCAAUUUGACCGAAUGGGGCAGAUGGUCGAAUUGUUCCCUAACCUGCGGCAAAGGAACAAGAUAUCGAAACCGUUCUUGCACCUACCCACCCCCUGCUUAUGGAGGAAAGAAUUGUACUGGGCCAUACAACGACACACAGAGCUGUAACCCGCAGCCAUGUUUCGGUGCCAUUGGAAUACAGAACAAGACCAUCAUUUCUGAUUACUAUUUGACCGCUACAAGGAACAAUGGCAACGCUAAUAAAGCAAGUCUGAAUGGUCGUAGCGGUUGGUGGGCAAACUGUGAGCAUCAAAGAACGUGUAAUAGGGAUUGGUUACAAAUCAAUUUGGGAAAGAUUGCAAAGAUUAUUGGUAUUGCCACGCAAGGCGGCUCUUAUUACAUUGGCUAUGACUACUGGUCUUGGACGGAAAAGUAUCGGCUCUCCUACAGCAAUGAAAGCAUAUUCACCUUUUACAAGAAUGGCCAAGUCUUAAAAGGGAACACAGACAGGAACACGAUUGUUUAUCACAAUCUUGCGCCGGCCAUCACAGCAAGAUAUGUACGAAUUCAUCCCAUGAAAGACAAUGACAAGUCUGGUGCCAUAGCACUGAGAAUGGAGCUUUACGAAAGCAAAGAAGACGAAGGUUAG